AUGAUGACAACAGCGACUAAUAUAGUAGCUGCAGCGACUGAAAACUACUACCAGACGCUGCAAUUUGAGCAAGAUGAACAAGAAGAACAACAGCUCUCCCAAGUCAAUGUUCUGGAAAGAAGGAUGGAGACAGAACCGGUACAGCAAACCACACAGAAAAAGAGGAGGGGCCGGCCACCAAAGAACAAGAGGAAUAGCCCAAUGAUUGGAACAAGCCUGAGACUGAGACGAUUUACUCAAGUCCAAAACUCGCCACACCCUAGAGGCAAACCUGCAAAAGGAAGAGAAUCAAAUGUCGCGGAAUCUUCGAACAGACAUGAAGCAAACACAGGGGAUAACCAGAAUGAGGGAAGGAAUGAGCAACCAGUAGUCCGGCGACUGAGGGGAAUACGCUCAAGUAUUCGCCCUGACAUCUUGUUCCUAACGGAAACAAAAAACCAUGAUGACGUCGUCCUCCAAACCUUGCAAUGUGAAGAGUAUACAUCACAUCAUUUAGUGCCACCCCAUAGCCCUGGAGGAGGAGGUCUGGCGCUAUUCUGGAAACAAGAAUUAGAGAUAGAGAUUCUCUUUACCUGCCAGAACUUCAUUGACACACACAUAAAUGCAGAGGGGGAGAGCUUCUAUACCACCUUCGUCUAUGGAGAACCCGAUCAGUCCAAGAGACAAGAGGUUUGGCAGAACCUGAUGACACAAGCACAAGAUAGAACGGAUCCGUGGUUACUCACAGGAGAUUUUAAUGAGAUCAUAGAAUCAGCAGAGAAGAAGGGAGGAACAGUAAGACCAGAGAGUUCCUUCACAAACUUCAGAACAUUCAUGUCAUAA